AUGAGCAUUAUUGGCUUCGGACUAAUACCUGAUGCUCACCACCCGAGGAAGGUCAUAAAUGUUAUUAGCAACAACAAUCGAAUUGCACUUGCAAUCAAAGCCGAAUUCGAAAGGCUCAACUCGUUCACCAAAUCGUACUUAGCAACUCAAUAUGAACAAGAACAACAUCUAAUUCAAGACAAGUCGUUGAAACAAUCCCAAAACGAGCAAUUACAAAAUACUUUUAAGGAUUUGUAUAUGCUUAUCGAUUGCGAGAACUUCAAACUUGAUCUGGUCGCUAGUGUAAAUUUGAAGAAAUUGCUGACAAUCAUCGAUAGACUUCAAGGGGUUGAGGUCAAGACGCCUGUGGAUGAAACGAUACACGGAUUGAUCAAAAAAUACAUUUUCCUUAUUCUUGGUCUCAACUUGUCAAACUCAUUGAUAUACAAAACGCUUGAAUUGAAAAGUCAGCAAGUGUAUUGGGAGACGGUUUACAGCUCAGUUUUCAAUAAGCUUAUCUACUUUGUUCAAACAUUACCAAUCAAAUUGUACUACUUUGGAAUUGAUAUGGUUGAAAAGACCAACAGAAUCCUUGCACAAAACUUUCAUCAAUCACAAACAAUUGACUUGGAACAUCGCCAUUGGACUUAUCAAUAUUGGCUGAAGUUUCAGAUUUACUCAGCUGCAUUGGGAAGAUCGGUUUUACAAGCUGUAGACCUACUUUUUGUUCAAGAAAACCCGGUGGUGACAUUGUUGCAAAAAUCGAACGUAUCCACAUUCUCAUCAAUAAAAUGGUACUUGUCGUCGAUCGCAAAGUCCCCUGUUACUAUAAUUAAUAAAGAAAUAAAAUUGAAAUUAAAAACGAUAAAGAAAGAAAUUCACCUGAACACACAAAAUAUUGAUUUAUUCGUUAAAUCGGAUGUGGACAACCUUUUACCUACGUUGAAACAAAUUUUGAUUGUUGAGGAUGAAACUGACAAUGUAAUUAACCGGAUAAUAAGUGGUGUUGUGGCAUUUGGGAAUAAAGAAUACGCCUCAACAUCUUUCCCAUCAUUGCUUACCAGAUAUUGGCUUUUGAUAUCGUUGGUGGUACUUUAUGCACCAUCGCAGUCCAGAAAUAUUUACCACAACCGUUACGAGAUAAUCCAAUGGAUUCAAUAUAAUGGAGUUGAGCCAGUAAAGGGAUUUUUUGUCAAUUGGGUUAUUAAACCGAUCAACGAAAUGCUCAAUAUUUUACGAAGCGAUGAUGAAAUUACAUUAACCUCAAGAGACUCCUUGAAAUCGGAUGUCAAUUCUUUGGAAAAAAUGGUGUACGAAUUUGCUCAGGAUAAUCACAUUGAAACGACUCCCCAAUUGGUUGAACAAGACAUUAAGAAUGGUGACUUGAAGUUGGUGAUGUCGCGGUAUGAGAAUGAAAUCAGACAACCUAUCAAAUACCUUAUCUCAGGUUCAUUAUUAAGAUUGAUUUUGAUUCAGGUUCAAAAAGGUAAAGUCGAUGGGGCAGUUGCAUUAAGCGGUAUUGACAAGUUGCUAAAGAGUCAACAGUUGGUAUUUGGAAUAGUAUCAAUGAGUCCAUCCUUGAUUAUUUUGUAUCAAAUUUACAAACACUUCACGCUGGCUAAACCAUUACUUGUUAAUGGAAAACAAUUGAGUAUCGUUUGUCUCAAAUGUUUGAACAAUAUCGAAAGUUUGCUCAUCUCGUUACUGAGAAAGAAGGAUGAAACGCUGAAUAAUGUCAACACAGACGAAGGAGAGUUACUCAUUGAGAUUAUUGAUUUGAUCUUGUGCUCAGAGCCACUCAUUCCAAAAGAAUUACACGAAGAUUGGAUUAAAGAUUUAAAUGAAUUGAACAACAGUGAGUUCGACGUUGAAACAAAAUUAAAGUUAGCGCAGCGCAUUUGGAAUAUGUAUGGCAGUUAUUUCAAAUAG